AUGGCAUUUUGUUCGUCGCCGUGACAAAAGACGCAAACGAGCAAGUUUUUCCGUUGGCAUUUGGUGUCGGGCCGAUCGAGAAUGAUGAGUCAUGGAAGUGGUUCCUCUCAAAUUUGAGACAAACUUUUGGUCAGCCCGACAACUUACUAGUUGUCUCUGAUGCGCAUGUCUCCAUUGCUAAUGCUGUGAAGAGCGAGUUACCAAAUGCUACUCACGGUCUUUGCUACUACCACUUGCAGAACAAAAUUAAGGGCUACGGGCAAGCUGUUGUUGAGCUUUUCCGCCAGGCUGCAUACGCCUACACGGACUCAGAAUUUUCACGUGCAAUGUCGGCUAUGGCUCAAUUGAAGCCGGCGGCGUACGGGAAGUUGAUGCGCGUAGGCCCUGAGAAGUGGGCACGAUCACAAAGUCCGGUGACCCGUUAUAGUUUUCUUACAUCUAAUGCUGCCGAGGCUUUGAAUGCCCGUUUGUUGUGGGCCAGACGCCUUCCUAUAUGCUCCAUGCUGGAGGCAAUCAGGAUGGUUCUGGAGCAGUGGUUCAAUGACAGACUUGCGUCUGCGGAAGAGAGCGAUGACCUUCUUACUCCAGAGGCAAAACAGAAGAUAAGUGCGGAGAUCUCAAAGAGUCGUCGCUACACUGCGAAGAGGACCUCCGAGAGAAAAUACAAGGUUCGUGCUGGUGAUCGUCGCUUCAUGGUUGACCUUCAAGCGAAGAGCUGUGAAUGCAAUGAAUUCGACCUGGACGGCAUGCCGUGUUCUCAUGCGAUCGCAGCCAUUACUGAGGCGAAAGAGCCAGUGGAAGAUUACGUGGAAGCUUACUACCUGCGGAGUUCACUGGUUCAAACAUACUCCGGUCCAGUAAAUCACUUGCCUCCCUUAGAGCACUAG